UAUAGAGCCAAAGCAUUAGCAAAACACAGGCAGCAUGUGGCGGAAAUGCGCGAGAGGGUCACCUUAGAAAAAGUGAAAAGAGUGGCAAAAUAUGAACUAAGCCACCGCCAUAAAAUCAGUGGUCGAAUGUAUAAACCCGGAGACCUGGUGCUUAUCAGAAAUUCACAAGUAUCCUCGUCAUUAAAUAGUAAAAUGCAACCAAGAUACCUGGGACCUAUGAUUGUGGUACGUCGAACAAAGGGAGGUUCAUAUAUAGUUUGUGAACUGGACGGAUCAGUCAAUCACAAUAAAAUUGGAGCGUUCAGAGUCAUUCCGUAUUUCGCAAGAGAAAGGAUCGACUUACCUGAGCACUUCAGUACACUUAUUGAUGCAAGCAAUGAGGAACUGGAUGAAAUCGAAAACACAGGCGUUGAAGAAAGACCUAACGCAAGAGAUUACUACUUUGAAGGAGUUAAUCUUGAUGGGUCUUCCGCAGAUGACUCCGGGGACUUAGAAGAAAUCGAAGAUUUAAGUGAAGAAGAGGCUUAG